AUGAGUACACGCACGUGCCACUCACACUUCGUCCUCAAUGUAUCCUGGGACAGCCUGGACGACAUUGUCCGAAGAUGGAGCGAUCCUCCCAUCCUGAAUGGAGCCAGACCGACGACGUCACGCGAACAGAUCGGCGAAGGGACCUUCGGCGCGGUGUUCAAGUACACUGUCCGUGUUGGCACAUGGGAGCGGGUUGCGGCAGUGAAGCUACUCAACAGCGUCACCGGCGUGGAAUGCAAGACAGAAUCAGAGGUUGCCACGAUGUGUAUGAUCAAAGAGCGAACCUGCAUCCCCAUCCCUGAGGUGUAUCUGUGGUGUUCGUCGACGACGAACAAGGUUGGCGCUCCAUGGAUUCUCAUGGAAUAUAUCCCUGGCGACCGUCUCGACGGCACAUUCAAGACAAUGUCUCGCGAGACUCAGUUCGAUGUCCUAACACAAGUCGCUACAAUACAAGCACAGUUGUUUCGCCUUCACUCAAGAUACAUUGGGUCGAUCUAUCCCUCUCUCGACGAACCUUCUCGCGCUCUUGCUUGCCUCUAUCACGAGGACGGUAUUACUCCUCGGUCAAUUGACGCCAAAUAUCGACAAUACCCCCGCUGGGCUGACCAGGCAUACGUCGUCGGGCCGCUUCACGACCUCAACUUUUUGGACCAUCCUGGCUCCCCACCCCGCGGACCCUAUGAUUCGGACAAGGCAUAUCUCGCGGCCCUUGUGGACCACCAGGACGACGACGUACCUGGCGGCCAGCUGUGGAAAGUGGUACUCGAUGCCUUCGCCAGCAUUCGGCCAACUCACGCCGGCUCGAACAAUCACACGUUUGUCUUCGCUCAUGGCGAUCUAUAUGGCCGGAACAUGAUCUUACAACCAAGCGGAAAGAUCGUCGUCGUCGACUGGGAGUGGGCGGCCUUUGUCCCUUGGUGGUUGGCAGCGACAAUUGCCGACUUGCCCGUGAGUACUCGGGAUACAGACACCCAAGAGCCGAUCACACCAGAUAAGGCACCAACGGCCCCCAAUCCCGAUGCAUCCAUACUUCAAAAGCAGGAACCGCGCCAAGUCCCACUUGCUUGGGAGGAGACGACGAUAGAAGAGAGAUUGGAAUGCCUGGCCGCAAAGUUGGACGACCACGGAAGUUGCCGUGUGGAUCCGGGAGAGGAAGAUCAACAACGCUUUAUCGCGCACAUUGACCAGAAGUGGCCAGGCGGGUAUUCGGCUGACACCCCCGCGGACGCCAUCCUCCGUGCACACUACCAUCUGGCUCUCUUCAAACUCGAUUCAUCCUACAUGGAGGCGUUCUGGUCUGGCGCAGAGCAAAGAGCGAUUCGCGCGGUCGUAGGAAUGGCACCAGGCAAUAUGUUGGAUUGGUUACGUCGUGUGGUCAGAUGGUCUGCCAAACUCACACGAGACGGUCUGACCGGACAAUACUGGCUAGUACGGCCCACCCCUGCAAUGAGGGAAUUCGACUGGGUUAGAUGGGCUCGAAAGUAG